AUGAUCGGUCAUAAGCCACUCAAUCUUGAGAAGACUAAAUCUAGAUCAGUGGUUAUCGAUCCAAAUUCCCUUGAGCUUGUUCAGAGCAAGAUUGAACAUUUUACUUCACGCCCUCGAGAAAUUGUUUUCAUCGCAGUAAUAUGUAUGGCUCAACUCAUGACACAGGCUGCGUUAGCACAAGCCAUCGCCCCUCUACAUAUUAUUGGGGAUAGUUUUGGGACUACAAAUCCUGGACAACUGAGUUGGUUUGCUGCUGCAUACUCACUGACAGUCGGUACUUUCAUUCUUAUUGCCGGACGUCUAGGAGAUCUUUAUGGGCACAAGAUUCUUUUCACAGCUGGUUUCUUUUGGUUCGCACUCUGGUCCCUCCUAGCCGGUUUUAGCGCCUACUCAAAUGCAAUCUUCUUUGAUAUCGCUCGUGCCCUUCAAGGCAUUGGACCAGCUUUUCUCUUACCAAAUGCCUUGGCCAUUUUGGCUCGCAUAUAUGAGCCGGGAAGGAAGAAGGAAAUGGUUUUUAGUCUUUUUGGUGCCACAGCUCCCGCAGGCUUUACUCUCGGUGCAGUAUUCUCAACUAUAUUCGCCGAGUUUGUUUGGUGGCCUUGGGCUUAUUGGGUAAAUGCCAUGGUUUGUGUUCUGCUUGCUGUAAUAGGCAUCGUCGUCAUCCCACAUACGCCGCCUCCACAAUACGAUCCUUCGGUAAGUAUGUUCAAACGAGCCGAUGCUGCCGGGGCUUUAACAGGAAUCGCUGGGUUGGUUCUGGUGAAUUUUUCAUGGAAUCAGGGACCGGUUGUCGGUUGGAAUACCGUUUAUGUGUAUGUUAUACUCAUUAUUGGGGCUCUUAUACUUGGACUUUUCGCAUUCAUCGAAUCUCGUGCGACCUACCCAUUAUUACCAUUUGAUGCCUUCAACUCUCACACUGGUUUUACGCUAGUAUGUAUUGCAGGUGGAUGGUCCAGCUUCGGAAUCUGGCUCUUUUACUUUUGGCAAAUAUUGGAGGAACUGAGGGGCAUUAGUCCACUUCUCGGUGCAGCAAUGGUAUCACCCACAUCGAUCAGUGGACUAUGUGCAGCAUUGACAACGGGAUACAUUCUCAGCAAGGUCCCAGCUAGUACGGUGAUGAUGAUCGCUAUGAUGGGUUUUCUUCUUGGAUCAAUUUUGAUGGCCACCGCUCCUGUCAAUCAAACAUACUGGGCACAGACUUUUGUUGCGACUCUUGUUACACCUUGGGGAAUGGAUAUGUCAUUCCCAGCCGCAACAAUCCUGCUAAGCAACUCCAUGCACAAAGAUCACCAAGGGCUCGCAGCCUCACUCGUCAACACCGUCGUCAAUUAUUCCAUCUCCAUCGGUCUUGGUAUUGCUGGUACCGUAGAAAUCCAUGUCAAUCAUGGUGGGAAAGAUGUUUUGAAGGGAUAUCGUGGGGCUCAGUAUGUGGGAAUUGGACUGGCGGGUUUGGGCUUGUGUAGUUCGAUAUUGUUCGCAUUUUCGGAGAGAAAUAAGAGGGUGAAGGAUAGAAAAUUGGAGGUGGGGCAGUUAGCGGAGGUUUGA